CAAAAAAAAGCUUAAACAAAAAUGACUCCUCCAUUUGCUCAGCUUCUCGCAUGGCUCCACCAACACAACUACAAUUUUCACGCCAAUCCUUAUAAUUUCAUUUUCUUAACUCUCACCUCUUUUUUCAUUUUUAUGGUGCUUUACAAUCGCCGCGGCGGCGGCGGCGGCGGCUGCGGAGGCGACAACGAAACUGAUCGCGCGAAACUCCCCUCGCCGCCGGGGCGGCUCCCGGUGCUCGGCCACCUCCACCGGCUCGGCCCGCUGCCGCACCGGUCGUUGUGGGCCCUGGCCCAAGACCACGGCCCAAUAAUGCUCCUCCACAUGGGCCGGGUCCCCACCGUAGUAAUCUCCUCGGCCCAUUGGGCCCAGCAAGUCACCAAGGCCCACGACGCCUCCUUCUCGGGCCGGCCCAGCUCGCGCAUGGCCCACGAACUGAUGUACGGCGCGCGCGACGUGGCCUUCGCGCCCUACGGCGAGUAUUGGAGGCAGGUGCGCCGCACGUGCGUGCUCCACUUGCUCAGCCUCAGGCGCGUGCGCUCGCUCCGCCCCGUGCGCGAGGAGGAGUCGGCGCUCAUGGUGCGCGAAAUCGCCCGGCUCGCCGAACUCGGCGCCGAGUUCAACGUGAGCGAGUUGGUGGUGAGGCUCACCAACGACAUCGUGUGUAGGGCGGCGUUCGGGCGCAAGUACGGGGGCGGCGCCGACGCCGAGGGAGGAGCCGGCGCCGUGCGGGAGGCGCUCGCCGAGUUCGUGCGGCUGCUGGGGACGGUUCAGAUCGGGGAGUUCGUGGCCGGGGUUGGGUGGAUCGAACGGUGGUGGAGAGGGCUGGAUCGGAGGGUGGGGACCACCGCGCGGGCGCUGGAUGGGUUUCUGGAGAGGGUGUUGGAGGAUCACCGUAGAGAGGGGAGGUGGGGUGAUGAGAUGGACGGCCGUGAUUGCAAUGAUGGUUGGGGUGGUGGCGAUGAUGAUGAUCGAAAAAUGGACGGUCGUGAUCUCGUCGACGUGUUGCUUGCGGUGGAGAAAGAGGAUAAGGAACUGGGGGUCCCACUCGGCCAGGAUAGCGUCAAGGCGAUUAUUUUGGACAUGUUUGCAGCAGGAACUGAUACUACGUACACGACGAUCGAAUGGGCGAUGACAGAGCUCAUCAACCAUCCAGAAAAGAUGAAGAAACUACAAGACGAAGUAAGAAGUGUCGUAGGAACCGAUAGAAUGGUGCUAGAGGAAGACUUAAACAACAUGGCCUACUUGAAAGCCGUGAUCAAGGAGACCUUGAGAUUGCACCCUCCUUUCCCACUGCUCGUUCCGCGCGAAUCGAUCGAAGAUACCAAUCUAAUGGGCUACCAUAUCCCCGCAAAGACGAGAGUUAUAAUCAAUGCUUGGGCUAUCGGAAGGGAUCCCGAAUCUUGGGAGAGGCCUGAGGAGUUCUCGCCCGAGAGGUUUCUGGACAGCUUGAUCGAUUACAGGGGACAAGAUUUUCAAUUCAUACCUUUCGGUGCAGGCCGGAGGGGUUGCCCCGGGAUUAAUUUCGCGAUGCCGACGGCCGAACUCGCGCUCGCCAAUCUCGUGCAUCGCUUUGACUGGGAGUUGCCUGGGAGGAUUAAGGAGGAGAAGAUGGAUUGUAGUGAACUAAACGGGAUCACAGUGCACUUGAAAUCUCGCCUUGUUCUUGUGGCUAAACUUUGGUGUUCUUAAACUAUUACCUUCUGAUUUUAUAGUGUAAAUUUCGCCCUUGUGAGGAGAUUCAUGUGGUCACUAAGUAAUAAAAGAUUUUGAAUAAAUUUGUAUGCUUUAAGGGUGCGUUUGGUUCGCAUUAUGAAAGAUUACUAGGAAUAAAAGAUAUUUAAGAAUCU